AUGUCUAAUUAUUCAACAGAAGUAGCCAAGCUAAUUUCAGAAGGGUCCAGGGCUUAUUCAUCGAAGGAUUUUGAUCUUGCAUCUGAAAAGUAUGGAGAGGCAUGCGAAGAGUAUUCCAAAAGUCAUCAAGGUAAUGAAGAUGCAGAUUUAUUAUUUUUAUAUGGUAAAGCAGUCUUUCAAAGUGGUGUGAGUAAAUCAGAAGUGUUUGGUGGAAAGCCUGCUGAACCAGAGGUAGAAACUGAAAACAGUGAAUCAAAACAGGAAGAGAGUAAACCAGAAACUGAUAAAACAGAUGAUACUUUCCAAUUCUAUGCAGACGGAGAUGGGGAGGAAGAAGAUGGUGAGGAAAACGAAGAACCAAAUGAAGAUGAAAAUAACGACGAGGAUGCGAAUAAAAGUGAUUUUGAGGUUGCUUGGGAAUUAUUGGAUUUGGCUAGAGCCUUGUUUGAAGAGAAACUCGAGUCUUUGGAUAAGGGGGACUUGAAACCACCAUAUUUGACACAAGACACAGACGAAAGUAGUAAUGAUUAUAUAGUGGUGUUGAAAAAAUUAUCAGAAACUUACGAUAUCCUAGGAGAAGUGUCAUUGGAGGCAGAAAACUUUAAUCAAGCUGCUGAUGAUUUGAGAAAAUGUUUAGAGUUGAGACUAGAACUAUUUUCAGAUACGUCAUCUUUAAUAUCUGAAUCACAUUACAAAUUGGCAUUGGCAUUAGAAUUCCAAUCUGACGAUUCCAAUCUGAGAAAGAACGCUGCUGAACAAAUGAAAUUGGCAAUUGAGUCUGUUGAAAGAAGGAACAAAAAUGAAAAUGAUGACUCUAAAAGAAAGGAAAACCAAGAGAUUAUUGAUGAGAUGAAGGAAAAGUAUCAAGAUUUAUUGAAAGAUCCUUCAGAAGAAAUCAAAAUGCAGCAAUUGGAUAUAAUCAAGGGGAUCUUGGGUGAGGAGGCAUCAGGCAGUGAACAAAGUGCAGGUGCCGCUAUCGUUAACAAUCUUCAAACCAUGGUGAAGAAGAAACAAAACAAGGAAGAAACCAAAACUGUGGUCAAUGAUUUAUCAGGUAUGGUUAGGAAAAGAAAAAAGCAGGAUGCUAAUGAUGACAAGACUAAAAAGCUCAAAUCAGAAUAG